UCCGCGCAUGAUGGAAGCUAUAUCAAAGUCUUUCUAGCAAGUCAGGUCAUCUUUGGAACGCUCUAGGGAGACUAUUUCCAGUCAUGCCAGUGCAGCUCCUAUCUACUUCAAUGGGGAAAGAUGAAAUCAACUAAACGGGCUCUCCUUGAGAUGUUCUCGGGGUAUCAGGAGAGGGACGAUUAUGAGGAUGAGCUGUACCGGGAUGAGGCCGACUCGGGUUUGUCUGAUGCUGACAGCGAGCUGGAGUUCAGGCUUUAUUCACAGCUGCAUUACUGUGCUGAGGACCAUGAGGACUUGACAGAGGUCCAGUCAGCAAGAGCACAGACUCAACCUCAGCAGAAUUCCUUGGCUCCUUGUCCUGCUCCAUCUGAUGUCAUUGAGAUUGACUCUGGCCCAGAUGCUAUCACGGUCUCAGACAACACAGAGGAAGAUGACAGCGUGUGUGCUAAGAAAGGUCAAACAUCAAAGCACUGUAGCCUGGCACACAGGAAGUUGCAGCCCUAUGGCAUUCAUUCACCCGGUCCCGCACAGGCUCGAACUGGAAGGAGUUCCCCUGACGAUGUUGUGGUGUUGGAUUCUGAGUCAGACGAGAGCUCGGAUUCACACUCUAUACCUCCUUUUGUGGAGGAUGUGGAUUCGGACUCGGAUGAAUUGGAGAACUGGAUGAUUCUGGGCCGAGAGAAACAGGAUGGAGAUCAGAGCAUCCAGCUGAACCUUUCCAUACCGGAUAACUGUGAGAGACAGGAUUAUGUCCCAGUUCGAGGGAAGGAACAGAAUUGGUCUGUUUCAGAAAAGGAUAAACGGGCUCAGAUCUAUAAUAAAGGGGUUGGCCCGAGGCGUCUUUCAAAUCGUUACUACACUGAAAAAUCUGUCACGUGUCACAACUGCAACAAGAUCGGCCACCUCUCCAAAAACUGCCCCACACCAAAGAAGGUGCCAUGCUGCUCAUUAUGUGGGCUUCGGGGACACUUGGCGAGGACCUGUCCGAACCGUCACUGUUCAAACUGCUCGCUGCCCGGCCACACCUAUGACGACUGUCUGGAGAGAGCUUACUGGCACAAAUGCUGCCACCGCUGUGGCAUGACCGGACACUUCAUUGACGAGUGUCCAGAAAUCUGGAGACAGUACCACCUCACGACCACGCUGGGACCCAUCUGUGAGGCCAGUGAUCCAGAGGCCUGCAAGACCCCCUCCUACUGUUACAACUGCUCAAAGAAAGGACACUUCGGUUAUGAAUGCUCUGAGAGGAGAAUGUAUAACGGAACAUAUCCCACCCUGCCCUUUGUUUCCUAUUAUGACAAGAUACGUGACAUCAAGUGCCGGGACCAUCGAAUUAAAAAGAAGGCCAAAGAACUGCAGGAAGCUGGAUUGAUUUUGCCAGAUGGAGGCAUUGUUUCAUCUACCCCUCAACCGCCCAGGAAGAAACAGAAAACCAGCCACAGACAGUCCCCAUAUACUCCCACCACUCACACAAACAACUCACACACGCCGAAGAGACGCAUCGCUCACACGCCCAAACACCAUCCACAAGCACACAAACAGAACACACACUUGCAUUUCAAGCAGGACUCAAAAACACCGGGGACUGGUGGCAAAUACAUCCCUCAGAGUGCAUUCACACCUCAAGAGCAAGGCAAGAAUAAAAACCAAAGAAAAAAGAAGAAAAAGAACAAAAUUGCUGCACCUUUAUAUAUAGACGAAGAUGCAGACUUUCCAAGAGGUGGCCAGAACGGUCCUCACACUUCAGGGGUUCGCCCAUCACCUCAGAACGCCAAUAAAAAGCCAGAUUUGCUCUUUGGAAUGAGAAAGAACAAUACAGGGAAUAGAGAGAAAAGCAAAAAAAAGAUGAGGAGACUCAGAAAUAAGCAAAGAAAAGCAGCAAAAGAUUCUGCCAUUUAUCCAUCUGAUGAAAACCUUUUUCUGAUCAAACAAAAGCAAAGAAGAUAAAAAUAAACCAUUUGGCUAAUUGUGUGUACAUUCAUUGGGGUAAUGCACGUGUGUUUGGGUGUCAGUGAGAUGGUGAUUCUCUCAAAUGUGUAUCACACCCUACUGGCUAUUUUGCUCCACCUUCUUCCAUCCACAUGGUUUCAUUAUUUAUUAAGGCACAUUUAGUCUUUAUUUGUUGUGAAAAUUCGAAAGCAAAUCAGACCUUUCUACCCCUAAUACAGAGGUAGAUUGCUGCUAUUGAAUAUUGUCGGAUGGAACAGAUCAUCUCUGAUUUUAGAGAAUUUGAAGGCAUAGUACACACAUACAGUAAAUUAAGCAAAUGUAUGCAUGUACAUAUUUUAAACUCACUGUGUCCAAGACUGAAGAGUGUGAUGCUGACAAUUUCUUUUCAUUUCCUCUCACAAAGAAUUGUAAAAGAGAUCAUUAAUGCCCACCCCUCAGCAGAGCACAACAAACUUACAUUAGCAGUGCUGGACCCACUUUAUGUAAGGUGUCUUUUACUACUAUGUACUUAAAGAAAUGUUCCGGGUUCUACACAAGUUGAGCUCAGUCGACAGCAUUUGUGCCAUAAUGUUGAUUGCCACAAAAAUUAAUUUCGACUCGUUCCAACUUCAUUACCAUGACUAUGUAAUGUCUUCACACCCUAAAAUGACUGUAAAAGUGACCAUUUAAACAAAUUUACAGCUCAGAUAAUACACACGUUUUUACAGAAGAAUUAAUGCAAGUGCAUAAAAUGAUAAGCAUCACAUUUCUGUGUUUAAACCCUCCACUUCCAUUGUGUCUCACUGUAACCUCAAUUUUUGCUUUUUUUAAAGAAAAGGAGGAACAAGUCUUAAUUAAUUUUUGUAGUAAUCAACAUUAUGCCACACAUGCUGUCAAUUGAGCUUAACUUGUAUUGAACCCGGAAUAUUCCUUUAAACAUUUAAGUGUUAUUGCAUUGUACUUGCAUCUAAAUUUCCUGCAUUUAAUUACAUCUAACCUAACCCUAACCCCUAGUCCUAAACCUACUCCUACCUCAACCUCAGUAGCAGCAAAAGUGAAUCUUGUGAGAAUUUUGCAAAACAACAUGUAGUUACACAAUAAAUAUAUUGUAUUGGAUGUAUUUUAAUGUUGGUACAUAAUAGUUAAAGACACCUAAUAUAAAGUGGGACCACAGUGCUUAACUAUACAGUUGAAUAUGUUUAGCAAAUAGUGGGUGUUUUAGUGUUCAAGUCCUGCUUGUACUUAGAAUUUUCUAAUUCUUUUAUGUACAUGUUUAUUUUGUGACAUCUUGAUUAAAGUCAGUUUGCUUUGA